AUGUUCGCAAAAUUACUAGUCUUCGUGCUCGCUAUGCACAUGGUGAUGUGCACACAUAUGUCUAUUACAAAGCAUCGGGAACCGCAGAUGACGCAACCAACUAAUGCUUCUUGUAUGAACCAAGCCCUUAGUAUGCCAUAUCUACUGAUGAUAGAAAUGGGAGUCUUGUCGGCAAUAAUAUUAGCUAGUAGGAUUCGUUAA